CAAAACCAAUCAGGCACUUGACGGGAACACUACGUCCGGGUAACAGCUGAGGUCCUGACAGCGCGGAAAAACGCAUUAGCUAAACAAUCUGAGCAUCAUGUCUGGAAGAGACGGAGGUAAAAAGAAACCCCUCAAGGCUCCCAAGAAGCAGUCGAAGGAGAUGGACGAUGAGGACAUGGCUUUCAAACAGAAACAGAAAGAGGAGCAGAAAGCAAUGGAACAGUUGAAAGCCAAGGCUGCUGGGAAAGGACCUUUGACUGGAGGAGGAAUCAAGAAGUCUGGGAAGAAAUGAUUGUGUUUCUGUGUAUAUCUGCUUGCCGUUUAAACCACCGACUCAUGAUUCGGGUCCAAAGUGGCGACUAAAAUGAAUUUUUUUUUAGUUUAUAUUUCUCUUGUAAAGGAAUAAAGUUUGUAAUGACUGUG